UCAAGUGACACCCAUGUAUCCCACACACACCUCAUCAUCUUCACAGAGAUAAUCGACUCGCACAACCUUUCCUUUUUCCUUUCUUCCUGCUUUCUUCCAGAAAAAGACAAGCCUGCGGUUUAGCACAGGAUCAGUUUUUCAGACAUCUGCUAACCCUGUCCCAUCCUUAUGGAUCCUGGUGAGAGUGAUCUUGAUUCAAGUUUUCCUCAGACAGAAAACCCCUGCCUCAUAGUAGAGGACUCGCAGCCUGAUAGCGUGGCCCUGGAGGACGAUCCUGACACCAGCUACCGUGCCCUUCUCGCCCGCCGUCUCUCUAACCUGCAGCCCACAUCACAAAGCCCUGUGCUGGAACUAAUUUCUUCUCCUGCUAAAAGUGGUUGUUUACAAAGUGACAGUCAGACUGAGAAGAGUGACACUACAGCCCACUCAGACAAUUUGCAGUCCAACCUGGGUUCAGCAGCUACAGAGCAUAGUCAAGUUUUUGAAGUUCACUCUUACCCCAUCUUAAAAAGGUACUAA